GUGCGGGGGAGGGGCGGCGGGCUGUGAGUGGGCUCCGGCGGUGGAGACGCCCGUGCCCCGACCCAGACCUGCGUCCCUGAGCCUGUGGGCGCCGCCGGACUCUCCCGCCACGUCGCUGGACUGGGACCCAAGACGGGCUCCUCCCUCCUGCCUUUCCCCAAAGGCUGGAAACGAGCCUCGGGAAGAGGAAACUCGCAUGGGCUGAUGGCCGGAGUCUCUCUCCAGGGUGCCGUCGGCGUUGGGGGCAGAGGGUGGAGAAUAGCUCCGGGGGAGCAUUGCCCAGAGCCUUGCGGCGCUCGAGCAGCGGUGGCCUCCGGGGCGCUAAGUGCCCGGUGCCCCUCCCUCCCCCUCCAGCCGUUUGUGAUACCCGCCCCCACAAAUUUCCCAACGUUGGCAGCUCUCCUUCCCGACGCACAGGCGUUAGAGCUUUCUGGGUUUGAAUUUGGCUGCCUCUGUGAGCCUCAGAGGUUCCUGAUCUAUAAACUUUAAUAUUUACCUUGCACAGUGAUGGUGAGGAUUAGAAAUGACACGAACAGGGCCCAAAUGGAGCUGAUACGUAGUAUUAAAGAAAAAAUUACUCAGACACUCGUUAGGUGUAAGGCAGACUUUAUUCGGGGGGACUGCUACAGUGGGAUUUUGCAGUAGCAGAGAGGAAUUGGGCUGUCCUGUGAAUACAGCAAGGGACAAGUGGAGAAUUAUAGCCAAAGAGCAGCGCAGGGGUUGGUGAGUGGAAAAUUACUAAGAGGAAACUUGUGGGGUAAAGAGAGAUUCAAUCUAAACCGACUUGGCAGGAGUUUUGCUGAAGGCAGGCCAGGGUGAUAAGGAAUUUGAUCAGGUGUCUAGGGUGUUCACAUAUCAAGGUUGGGGAAUGUAGAAUUUGAUCAGAUUUUAAAGGUGGGGGAUUUUCCCUAAAUGGGACCCAGGAAGAUUCUGGCUAUAACUGGACCAAAGGGGCCAAUGACAGAGCCCAAGGGCCAGGCCUAGUCAAAAAGAAGAUUCUGGAGCUUGACUAAAGUUUGGUCAAUAUGUCCCUGUGAGAGACUCUGUGAAGACGUGGUUCUCCUCAGAGACAACUCCAUCCCAGAAGCACUUCAUCCAAAGGACUUGCCAAGCCAGAUGAUGCCUGUUGAGCUGGAGCAGGCACUAGUCCUGCUGCCGCCACUGGCGAAGACUGAGGACUCCCCAUUCUCUGGACCAGAUGCCAUCCCUCGAGGGGAGCUCUGCAGCCCUGAGACAGCACGCCAGCGUUUCAGGCAGUUUCGUUACCAGGUGAUGUCUGGGCCCCAUGAGACCCUGAGACAACUUCGGAGGCUCUGUUUCCAGUGGCUGCAGCCAGACGUUCACACGAAGGAGCAGAUCCUAGAGAUCCUCAUGUUGGAACAGUUCCUGACCAUCCUGCCCGGGGAGAUCCAGAUGUGGGUGCGGAAACAGUGUCCAGGCAGUGGAGAGGAGGCAGUGACCCUUGUGGAGAGCUUGAAGGGAGACCCCCAGAGACUGUGGCAGUGGAUCAGCAUCCAAGUUCUGGGACAGGAGAUCUUAUCAGAGAAGGUGGAAUCUCCAAGCUGCCAAGGCGGGGAAGUGGAGCCCCAUCUUGAAGUGGUGCCUCCGGAGCUGGGACUUCAGAGUUCACCCUCCGGGCCUGAGGAGCCACUCAGCCACAUUGUGAAAGAGGAGUCUGACAUGGAACAAGAAUUAGUGAUGGCUGCUUCCCAGCUUCCGGCCCAGCCUGAGGGAAGGCUCAUGAGAGACCAGGACUUUGGAGCCUCACUUCUCCACACAGCACCUCAGGAGCAGUGGAGGCACCUGGAUUCUUCUCAAAAGGAGCAAUACUGGGAUCUCAUGCUGGAGACCUACGGGAAAAUGGUCUCAGGAGGCAUGUCCAAUUCCAAGCCUGACCCAACUUCAACAGAGUGUGGGGAAGAGCUGGCAGGAGUGUACCUUCAUAUCAGCGAGAAGAUCCCAAGACCUACCUGCACAGGAGACAGACAGGAGAAUGACAAAGAGAACCUAAACUUGGAAAACUAUAGGGACCAGGAACCUCAAGCCUCAGGAGAGGCACCUUCUCAGGCUUGCUUGAGUGGCCUCUUCAGUGAGGAUGAGCCGAGACGCUUUGGAGAAGGAGAGACUCUCCCUGAGGCUCAGGAAAACCUUCAGGGUGAGGGGCCAGGGGGCCAGCUCUCUCCCCAAGAAAGGACUUCUGGGAAACAGCUGGGUCAGCAUUUGCCGAGUCCACAUCCAGGAGAACUGUCCAUGCUGUGGCUUGAGGAGAAGAGAGAGGCCUCCCCGAAAGGGCAGCUGCGAGCCCCCAUGGCCCAGAAGCUCCCCACCUGCAGGGAGUGUGGGAAGACCUUUUACAGGAAUUCUCAGCUUGUUUUUCACCAGAGGACUCACACUGGAGAGACGUACUUUCAGUGCCCCACCUGCAAAAAAGCCUUUCUGCGGAGUUCAGACUUUGUGAAACAUCAGAGAAUUCACACAGGAGAGAAGCCCUGUAAAUGUGAUUACUGUGGGAAAGGCUUUAGUGACUUCUCAGGGUUGCGCCACCACGAGAAAAUCCACACAGGAGAGAAACCCUAUAAAUGUCCCAUCUGUGAGAAGAGUUUUAUUCAAAGAUCAAACUUUAAUAGGCAUCAGAGGGUUCACACAGGAGAGAAACCUUAUAAAUGUUCCCGCUGCGGGAAAAGUUUCAGCUGGAGCUCGAGCCUUGAUAAACAUCAAAGAUCCCACUUAGGAAAGAAGCCCUUUCAAUAGCCAGGCUCUCUUAGCCCAUUUCUAUUUCCCGGUCCAUUUAAAAAUACUUACCUCCAUCCAGAGAAAUUACGUCUCUUAGAGGACAUUCCUGUUCUUUUUUUCAUGGAUUGGAGAGGAGAGACUUGAACACGGUUUUGGACUCAGAGGAUGUAUUGGCCUCUGGAUUGGAUUUCACACUAAUUAUUUCUUGCUUCUACAUCCUGAGAAAGAAUAGUCUUCAUCUUUCAGCUCAUCCCUUCUUUUGGACCCCUUGGGAAAAAAGUAUCACUUGGAGAUCCCGUUUUGGAAGUGCUAUCUGGGAAAGUUUAACCGGAUUAGCUGCAAUUGCUGCUCAUGGGAAGAACCUCAGAUCAACCCUUUAGAACUGGGGUCCUAGAUCAGGUCUUCUGCUACAGAAGGGGGAGCAGAGAGGCCCAGUGAGCUCACGUGUGUUCUUUGUCAUAUGGAUGCAAAAUUAGCUUUUAAGUGUCCCUUGUUUUAAAUAAACUUAGUAGAGUCACUUGUUUUCUUA